AUGGGCGACCUCUGCAAGAGCCUCGGAUGCAAGGUGAUCACGGGUUAUCUGAUCGUGGCUGUUCUGGGCCUUGCCAGCAGUGCUACCAUGAACUACCUGUGGACAUUCAACUACAACUACGCCACCCAACCAGCCGAUCAGUGGCUCCUGGUAGGAGGCAUCACAGAAAACUCCGCCAGCUUUCGUAUACGACUCGCUGACAAUGGAAGAGCCCGCACGGCACAGCAAGAUGACAGUCGUCUCGUCAUUGCCGAGGAUCCAGGACUACUUCUCGUCGUUUCGGAACAUUCCCUCUUUUCUCAAAAUGAUGAUUCCACCAGUACCAGUAGUAGUGACAGUGACAAUCAUCCCGCCUCCAAUCCACAGUACGGCAUUCAUGCUAUUACCGUCACAGACUUGACGCCACAGAGUCUGUUAUACUAUGGAGUCCGAUCGUCCUACUAUGGAACCAGCCUUAACGGAAAAUUUCAAACACCGGCACCCGAGGGAACUCGAUUCAACUUUUCCAUUGCCGCUGCCGGCUGUGCUUGGACCGGAUCCCGAAAUUCUGUCUUUGACUUUAUUCGAAGAGAUCAUCCCAAUCUGCAAUUCAUGAUGCACAUGGGAGACUUUCAUUACGAAGAUAUCAAGUCCGACAGCCUGACGCAGCGAUUAGAUGCCUACAGUACCGUGCUCAAGAGUUCCCAACAAGCCAACUUAUACCGAGAGGUACCAUUGGUAUACACAUGGGAUGAUCAUGAUUAUGUUGGAGAUGAAGAUAUCAACUAUCAAGUGCCAUCUUCGCGGGUUCGAAGAUCCGCACAAUUGGCUUACCAACAAGCCAUUCCCCAUUAUCCCUUGCCGGCGGCGGCCGCUGACGGACUGCAAAACGCGACAGUGAUACCCGUUCCAAUCUACCAUGCAUUCACCGUCGGGACAGUCCGAUUCAUAAUGUCGGAUCUACAAAGUGACAAGAGUAAUACUUCCAUUUACAGUGCCCAGCAGCAAGAAUGGCUGUUCAAUGAACUACAACAAGCGGAUCAAUACGAUUUUGUCAUUUGGAUUACCAGCAAACCAUGGAUCGGGUCUGAAACCGAAGAAAACAGAGACGAUGUGGCUGGAAGUUGGCUGGACGCGAGCUACGCACAAGAUCGGUCGGCAUUGUCCAACUUGAUUACCCAAGUCUUUGCGGAUGGUCCACGCAAUCUUCUGGUCCUUGCUGGGGACGCGCACAUGGUAGCCUUUGAUCAAGGCACGCACACGUAUUAUGGAGAUGACCCCAGUGGCGCCUAUUCCUUUCCCAUUUUGCAAUCAGCCCCACUAGAUCGGCUCGGAACGACCAAGGGAGGACCCUUCACGGAUGGAUGUGCCAGUUUGUCGGGAGAACGUACUCAUCAAUACAGCACUCUGUGGUUUGAAUUUGUGGAGGGCGAGGAUCCUUGUAUUGAAAUUGAGUCCUACCGCAUCGAUGAAUGGGAAUACAGUGAUCGCAUAUUCCAGAAAAAGCUUUGUGGACAAUUCUUUGUGCCCGCAAAGGCACCCAAUGAUAUCCCCAUUGAAGAUCAAAAAUGCCGCAUUGCUUUGGUCUCGGAUAUUACGCAAGUGUUUUACAUUGUGGCUGUCGUUGUUAGCUUUGCACUGGCAGUCGGAACAUGCAUGGUCGUUUCCUUGGAGCCAGGGUCUGAUCAAGGAUGCGCUUCGCGAACAUGCUGUGGACUGAUUGCUACCUUCAUUGCUUGGGCAACAGCCGCCUUGAUUUUGUUGAUUGCAUUGAUAAUUCCACUUUCCAGCGACAUUCCUCAAUACGAUUUGCGAUGGUCUUUUGUCAUUUCCAUAUGCACAACGGUUCUCAUGGCAGUGGUUCUUUUCAUAAUCUUUUGUUGCUGCAGUAAGAAACAAACACCACAACAAGAACCGAAGAUUGGUGAGUCAACAAACUUGAGCUAUGCAGGGCCGAUUGUGCAGAGCACCAAAACCCCUGCUAUUUUGCCUCCGAGCGUUUAUCGGGCAGCGGCAACAAGUGAUGUUGAUGAAGAUAGAUUACCCCUGGGUGUCAUGUUGACAGGAGGAGCCAAGCUCCAAGAAGAAGGUCUCACAGGAAAGGGUGUUCGUGUGGCAGUGAUUGACUCUGGAGUUGACCAAGAACACCCAGGCUUUAGAGGGCAAGUAAAGUCAAGAGACUGGAUUCGCUCUGGUACGCCUCUGGAAGAAGAUGACCAUGGCACACAUGUAGCAGGGACAAUUCACUUGAUGGCCCCGGAUGCAGAACUAUACGAUUACAGGGUGUUUGGCAGUGAGGGAAGUCUCUCUGUGGACCAAGCCAUUGCCAAAGCGAUCCGAGAUGCAACUGAUGCAAAAUGUCAAGUAAUCAACAUGAGUCUGGGUGGAGCAUUUCCAAAUGACAAGAUUUGGGAAGCAGUUCAGUAUGCAUCCAACAAGGGCGUGGUAUUGGUGUGCGCAGCAGGAAAUGAAGGAGACGACAAUCCACUCACCAAUGAAAUUUCCUUCCCUGCAUCCUACAAAGAAUGUUUCAGCAUUGCUGCAGUUGCAAAGGCUGAAGGCCUUCCUGUUGCAGUUUUCUCCAACAGCAAUCCACUCAUAGAUUAUGCUGGUAUUGGUGUGGAUGUCACUUCCUUCAAGCCAGGUGGUGGAUUUCAGAACAUGUCAGGUACAAGCAUGGCAUGUCCCCAUGUUGCUGGCUUGAUAGCCUGUUUGAUGACAAAUGGGCAAUACUACUCUGCGGAUCGACUUAGGAACAGACUGGACCGCCUAGCCAUUGACAUUGAUGUAGCAGGAGUUGACAAUGCCACUGGUGUUGGAUUUGUGACCUACCUUGAUGAGGAUUCCUUUGACAAGAUCAUGCCAAGAAAAGCUGGUAUGGUACCUCCACAAGGCGAGGAAGGGGUAGAAGUGAGCGCUACGUUGGAUCCCCCCACAGGAUCAGUCCGAAGUUCAGCCUCGAAUCCUGCUGCGUCAGUCAGAGCAUCAUCAUUGGCACCAGGAUCAGUACGAGGGUCGUCCUCAGUGCCGGCCACAAACGUAUAA